AUGUACAGGCCAAGGUCCCACUCUCUGGACAGUGGACUUGAUGAGAGCCCCAAGGAGCUGUAUGUGAGACUGAAAGAGCUGUAUGGGAAAUGGAUCCAACCUCAAGGUAAAACAGUGCAGGAAAUUGGUGAAAUCCUUAUUAUGGAACAAUAUUUGAGAAUGUUGUCUCCUGAGCUUCAGGUGUGGAUAAAGGAGCACGGUCCGAAAUCAGCUGCUGACGCUGCCACUUUGGCUGACCUGUUUGUGGCCACCCGGAAAAAGAGCCAGCCAUGGAGUAACGCCGCCUGGAAGCUGCCUCAAUACCACCAGAGGUCAACACCUGGUAAGAAAGCGAUGGAAGGCGACCUCAAGCUGGCCCCCACCUUCACACUGAUCUACAACAGGUCACUGGAGCUGUGUGAAGUCCCCUCCUGCCUCAAGAGCUCCUCUAUCAUCCUGGUCCUCAAGAAACCCUGUAUCACAGGAUUACAUGACUACAGGCCCACUGCCCUACGUCUGGGACUUCCUCUCUUCCAGGCCAGUGCAUUUGCAUUUCUGAUCCCUGCUCAGGCCAUCUUGGGACUGGAACGCUGGACUUGUCCUCCUGAUGCGGAGAUUUAUGGGAACUGGAGUCUUCCUCUGAACACUUCCCACAUCUGGCAGCCUCGUAUGAGAGAGGUGCAGGGAGCCAUCAUAGUGUCCAGUGUGGUGGAGGUGCUGAUCGGUCUGAUCGGACUGCCGGGUUUGCUGUUGGAUUACAUCGGUCCUCUAACAGUCACCCCAACCAUCUCCCUCAUUGGUCUGUCUGUCUUCACCACAGCAGGAGACAGGGCCGGCUCGCACUGGGGCCUGUCCGCACUGUGUAUCCUGCUGAUAGUGGUGUUCUCUCAGUAUUUGAGAGAUUGGGCGCUUCCUGUUCCUGCCUUCAGCAGGAAGAAAGGAUUCAUCGUUUCAAGAGUCUAUCUCUUCAAGAUGUUCCCUAUCAUCCUGGCCAUCAUGGUGGUGUGGUUGGUCUGUUACAUCCUCACCCUGACAGACGUGUUGCCUAGCGACCCGAGCCGUUAUGGACAUAGAGCGCGGACCGAUGCCCGGGGUGACAUCAUGGCCAUGUCACCCUGGUUCAGGGUCCCUUACCCCUGUCAAUGGGGGUUACCCACGGUAACGGUUGCCGGGGUGUUGGGGAUGUUCAGUGCCACUCUGGCGGGUAUUGUGGAGUCUAUUGGUGAUUACUACGCCUGUGCCCGCCUCUCUGGAGCUACGCCUCCUCCAGUCCACGCGAUCAACAGGGGAAUCUUCACUGAGGGUGUAUGUUGCAUCAUCGCUGGUCUUUUGGGAACAGGAAAUGGCUCCACCUCCUCCAGCCCCAACAUUGGCGUUUUGGGCAUCACCAAGGUGGGCAGUAGGCGUGUGGUUCAAUAUGGUGCUGGAAUCAUGUUCUUAUUGGGGUCUGUUGGAAAAUUCACGGCGCUGUUCGCCUCCCUACCAGACCCGAUCCUUGGAGGGAUGUUCUGUACUCUGUUUGGGAUGAUCACUGCAGUGGGUCUGUCCAACCUGCAGAACGUUGACAUGAAUUCUUCCAGGAACCUUUUCAUCCUUGGCUUCUCAAUGUUCUUUGGUCUGACGCUCCCAAAAUACCUGGACACACACCCUGGCAGUGUACAAACAGGGGUGACAGAGUUGGACCAAGUCCUCACGGUUCUCCUCUCCACUGAGAUGUUUGUAGGAGGACUGCUGGCAUUCUGUCUAGACAACACUAUACCAGGCACCAGAGUGGAGCGUGGUCUGUUGAACUGGAGGUCAGAGUCCUCUGGCACCUCCUCUUCUAAUAACCCCACCGGUGAGCAGACCUCCUCCUACGACUUUCCUCUGGGGAUGGGUUUGGUGAGGAGAGCCCAGUGGCUGCGCUGGAUUCCCAUCUGCCCCAGUUUCCAGGGAUAUAAGGUGCUUUUUCAGGUGCCUCCUCCAGAGGGGGAGACGGAGGAGGAGGAGGAGGAGAAGCCAGUUAAAACUAGUACCAAAGUUUAGAUCUGCAAACAAAUGCAUCAAAUGCCCCGUCUGGUCUUCACAAGUUUUAUCAAAUUCGUUCAUCAGCAUGUAGAAGUUUAUGAAUAUCACCCCUAAUCACAGAUCAGCCAUUCACAUUCAUUUGUCAUAAAAGAGGUAACUACAGUGAACUACACGGCACAGCACACCCUGUCCUUCAGUCCUUGGUUAGGAUCAGGGGAAACUCCAAGGAAAAUAAAAUGCGGAAAACUUCAGAGGAGCGAGUCUUGUUCCAGGAUGGAGAGAUGUGGAGAGGCGUGUAACAGAUGUGGAAGUAAAAAUGCCGUUCAUAAUCACCGUAGGGAAUGUGAUUUUCAGUCAUCAUGUACGAACCAUACAAACUGCACUUACCAUGAACUCCCAGAUUGGGAAGUGUUUCUGUAGAAGUCAUAAGUCAGUCUGAUUUCAACCUUGCUUUUAAGAAAUCACGUUUUAUUCCCGAAUUCCUGGUGGAAACUACGCCACCUACAGUCCUAAAGGGAUUUCCAGCAGUCAGAGACGUUACUGUUGCCAUGGAGACGUACGCCAUGUUGGAAGCCAGAACGUAGGGAAGUAAGGUGUUCUGGGUCGGCUGACAAGCUGCUCUGCCAUGUGGUCUCUGCCAGACGUGAUAAGUCACUGCACACUACGACGCAGGAGAACACGUGUAGGAGGAACCGCAUCGACUGUGGAAGCUGGUUGAAACUAGUUGGAUGCGAGGGGGACGAGAUCUUGUGGCGCCAUUUGCAAUGCCAUUUGUGAAGACCAGUUCAUUCCCUCUUUAAUGACGUUGAGGACAGUCUUGUGUCUUUGUCUUUCUUUCUGUUUUUCUUUGUGUUUUGCUGGUCAUGAGUCGUCAUAAGGCCAUGAUUCAUCUCGUAGCAGGUUGCAUCGAUCCAACAUUUAAAGCUCUUUAUAAAGGUAUUUUCUGAAAUGUCUCUGGAGAAAAUGUGUGGGACAUUUAGGGUGACGCUUGAGUUCUGGAGAUGUCCAAUGGACAGAAUAGGCGAGGAAGAAAGAGAUGUACAAAUAAAACUCUCAGAGAUCAUGAAAGAGUGUCAACUGCAUCUGUGACGUGAGAAGGAAACCAGUCUGAAACCCCUUUGAGCCUGACGGGAACCUGUCGGCACGGGAACAGGUAGCAGCUGGGAAUCAGACGGGAAUCCGAUGGGAAUCAGACGGGAAUCCGAUGGGAAGGUUUUACAUGUUAUGAAGUGAAUGUAAAAAACACAAAGACAAAACCAAUCGAUUCUUUUUUAAUCUAUCGUUUCACUGCAUGUACACAAUCAGAGAAAUGUCUAAUCUGUGAGGCAGACCGUCAACAGACAACAAAACGUGUAAAGUUCAUGACAAGACUUUUCCUAGCUGUAUGCUUUUGUUUAAAUGAUGAAAUUCAAAUAAAACGGUAAACAUGA